AUGUCUGCUUCUGAAUCUACGACCCCUUCCUUCGCUUCUCUCGCCGCUGAGGCUGAGAAGAAGAACCAGGAGACUUCUGCCUUGUCUACCUCCGCCAACGCUGAGCCCGUUGCUGCUGAGAAGAAGGAGGAGACCAAGAGCAUCUUCGGUGCUCCCGCUGAGAAGAAGGAGGAGAAGAAGGAGGGUGAGGAUGAGGCCCCUGAGUCCCCUGAGGUGCACUUCGAGCCUGUCAUCAAGCUUGACGCUGUUGAGGUCAAGACCAACGAGGAGCAGGAGGAGGUUGUCUUCAAGAUGCGCGCUAAGCUCUUCCGAUUCGACAAGGAGAACAACGAGUGGAAGGAGCGUGGUACCGGUGACGUCCGUUUCUUGAAGCACAAGGAGAACAACAAGGUCCGUUUGGUCAUGAGACGGGACAAGACCCUCAAGGUCUGCGCCAACCACUACAUUACUGAGGAGAUUAAGUUGACUCCCAACAUCGGCUCCGACCGUUCUUGGGUGUACACCGUCACUGCUGAUGUUUCUGAGGGAGAAGCUACUGCUGAGACUUUGGCCAUCCGUUUCGCUAACGCUGACAACGCCAACCUUUUCAAGGACGAGUUCACCAAGGCCCAGGAUGCCAACAAGAAGUAA